AUGACAUUCUGCGCAAACAUAGUCGCGAUCGUCUGUUUAUGUUACUUCGCCCGUGAAGUGAUUGGACCGCACAGGGACGAGCAAGCCCGAUUCCCGGAAGGGCUCCGGCAUGCUGCUCGUCAACUACCACGUAGCAUUCUAGUAAAGACGCUAGUCAGGGGCGCUCUCCUCGAGUACUUCAAGCUCAACGAGUACGACGGCACCAAGCUCAACUUCCAAUUCGGUCGACGGGUAGUCGCGUCUCUCGCGACCGACGCUCUCUUCUCGCCCGUCCCAACCCCCCCAAGGCUUGCCUAUCUCGAUCUCGAAGCCGCGCAAAGACGCCGCGACAAAUCCAUCCCACUCUUCCGAUCCCGUCGGCUCAACUCGCCCGUUGCCUGGGCGCAGCAUAAGCGGCAACGGAGCCUCCGACCGGCCAAAGACAUUGAGGAUCCAUAUAUCGCUGCCGGUCUGAUUGCCCUUGCGCAGGAGCAGUACUACCAAGACCAAAGCCGUCCUGACCACUACAAGGUUCGUCUACUGGCCGCCAAGGAUGACAACCUCUAUUUUUACACAGCCCUCAUCCCCUCUCACUUUCUCGACCGGUUUGACCGGCCCAGUCAACGGUACCCAACCAAUCCCCCAAUCCCCAUUACAUAUGUUCAUAUUCCAAUGCGACCGGAGGGAGAGCUGCUGAGGUUAAUGGAGCUUGUCCUGUCCAAACUGAAUUUCGCAGCAAAAAAUCAUGAAUGACGUACGUCAAAAAGAGAGCAUAAUUUCGGUUGGUCUGUAGACGAUAUCGACUCUUGAGAUGCCAAUACCUACCUAUCAAUGGUGUCGAUAGUGCAGGGUAUUGGCUUGGAGCUGAGAAGUCUGAGAUUGAUCGUCCUCGGUCAUCCAUG